GAGGGGCGGGGCCCAAGGGGCGGGACCUCGGGUGGCCCGAGGUGGCCCGGCUGCUGGGUUGGAAGCGGCGCAGUCCGACUCAUCCCGGCCCCGGGAUGGCGUCCCCACGGGAAUUGACACAGAACCCCCUGAAGAAGAUCUGGAUGCCAUACAGCAAUGGGCGGCCCGCUCUGCACGCUUGCCAGCGCGGUGAACUUUCAAAGGUGGGCUAGUUUUCCAACAGGAGGAAGGGUGCCUCUUGGCCUUAAAGCUGAGCUUGGGCAGGAACUUCAGCAGAGAUGUGCUCAGGAUAGAGACAGAAAACUGUGCCGUGUGGGCCUGUGUCUGUGUCUCGGGACAUUGUGUAUGACCAACUGCCCAACGCUCAUUGUCAUGGUGGGCCUGCCCGCCAGGGGCAAGACCUACAUCUCCAAGAAGCUGACGCGAUACCUGAACUGGAUUGGUGUGCCCACUCGGGAGUUCAAUGUUGGCCAGUAUCGCCGGGAUGUGGUCAAGACCUACAAAUCUUUUGAAUUUUUUCUCCCCGACAAUGAAGAGGGCCUGAAAAUCAGGAAGCAGUGUGCCCUGGCAGCCCUCCGUGACGUCCGGCGGUUCCUUAGUGAGGAGGGGGGACAUGUGGCGGUUUUUGAUGCCACAAACACCACCCGAGAACGGAGAGCGACCAUCUUUAAUUUUGGAGAACAGAAUGGCUACAAGACCUUUUUUGUCGAGUCCAUCUGUGUGGAUCCUGAGGUCAUAGCUGCCAACAUCGUGCAAGUGAAACUGGGCAGCCCUGACUAUGUCAACCGUGACAGUGAUGAGGCUACGGAGGACUUCAUGAGGCGCAUUGAGUGCUAUGAGAACUCCUACGAGUCGCUAGAUGAGGACCUGGAUAGGGACCUGUCCUAUAUCAAGAUCAUGGAUGUGGGCCAGAGCUACGUGGUGAACCGUGUGGCUGACCACAUCCAGAGCCGCAUCGUAUAUUACCUCAUGAACAUCCACGUGACCCCCCGCUCCAUCUACCUCUGCCGGCACGGGGAGAGCGAGCUCAACCUCAAGGGCCGGAUUGGCGGGGACCCAGGACUGUCCCCUCGGGGCAGGGAGUUUGCCAAGAGUCUAGCCCAGUUCAUCAGUGACCAAAAUAUCAAGGAUCUGAAGGUCUGGACAAGCCAGAUGAAGAGGACAAUCCAGACGGCUGAGGCACUGGGUGUGCCCUAUGAACAGUGGAAGGUCCUCAACGAGAUCGAUGCGGGCGUCUGUGAGGAAAUGACCUACGAGGAAAUUCAGGAUAAUUAUCCACUGGAGUUCGCCCUGCGGGACCAGGACAAGUACCGGUACCGGUACCCUAAAGGGGAGUCCUACGAGGACCUGGUCCAGAGACUGGAGCCUGUCAUCAUGGAGCUGGAGAGGCAAGAGAAUGUGCUGGUCAUCUGCCACCAGGCUGUGAUGCGCUGCCUGCUGGCCUACUUCCUCGACAAGGCAGCAGAACAGCUGCCCUACCUCAAGUGUCCGCUGCACACAGUCCUGAAGCUGACUCCUGUGGCAUAUGGUUGUAAAGUGGAGUCCAUAUUCCUGAACGUGGCCGCUGUGAACACGCACCGGGACAGGCCUCAGGAUAGGACCUACACUUCUGGGAGCCCUGGUCCCAGUUCCUGGAGGCCACUGCACGGAGAAGGCUCUUGGGCCUCAGUCAUGCCUGUUGCCAUCCAUGAUGGGGCCUGCUUGGGCUCUGGGUCCCUGCUGAGGAUGCACGCCUUGGGCUGGACCAGGACAUCUGGCCUUGGACCUCACAGCACAGAACGUGGACAUCUCGAGACCUCCAGAGGAAGCCCUUGUCACGGUGCCUGCUCACCAGUGACCAUGUUCAUCCACUGUGACCACUAGGCAGGCACUGGUCUCUGCAGAGGGGGUCAUUCCAGGCCCUCCAGUGUGUGUGAUAGUCACCAUGCCAUGCAGGGAUAUUCUUGAAGCCACACAUGGCUGGCGGAACCCAGAACCCCCACCCCAGCCCACCUGGCUCUUUGUUGACAGUCGGCGACAAGGUUGUGCAUGGCUCCUGACCUGCUGCUAAGAGUUACUUGACCAGACUGCAUCUGCAUGGGCUGUGCGGAGGUUGCCCAGCCCCAGGUUCUUCCGGCGCAGCUCUUAGGUGUUCACUCUCGCCAGCUCAGUUGGCUUUGUGAAGCGUGAAACCCUACAAUGUGAAAGGAAAGUGCUUGCUGUGAUGUUCCUACUGUGGCCCAGCUGCCCAGCAUGGACCUGGUGACUCUCCACAGGGCCUCUACCAUCCUCUCUGUGGCCACUUCCUGAGCCAGAGGCCAGGUCUUCAUGGGACCCUGAGCUUCUGCUGCCUCUGGUGAGAGGGAGAGCCCUUCCCAUCCUUACCCACCAGGAACUAGAGCCCCAACCACAGCAGAUGCUUCCCGGGCAGCCACUGGCCAGGCCCUUGUAUCCAUGUCACCCUUAGUUGUGGGCAUUCAUGAAAGCAAUGCGCUUGCUUCAGCACAUUGGGAUGCACAGAAACGUGUGGGCAGGGGGGCAGUUGUGGUCGCCCCUCCCCAGUUGUGCAUGUACCCGGCUACUUAGGUAUGCUUAGGGGAGCUGGUGGCCAGGCUUGCCCCUUCAGGCCUGCUCUCACAGUGAAACCACCUCAAGACAGGGCAGGAAGUUUCCUUCCUGGUGCACACACCGAAGUGCUCGAGGGAGAGGCUGCUGCCCCCUCUCCCCUUCCCUGGCUGUGGACACUGGCAGCCAAUGGGGAGGCGGCCUCUCCCCUGUUGCUGCCCGUGUCCACACACGAAUGUACACUGGUGGCAGAGACAUGCAUUUGCCAUAAAUAAUUCAGAAACACUUGUAUGGUCCUGUAAAACUUCUCUGGUGUUUGUUGACUUCUGCCUGUGGGCCUGAGGAAGGGAGAAGGCAGAACCCAUAGGCAGUCCCUGGGCAAGGGAGGAUUUUCCCGGCUGCAGCACAGCCUUCCAUUCAUGUGCAUAUGAGUCUGGUGAAAAUGGCCUUGUGAAGUCCAGUGUCUGUCAUGCCCCUGAGUUCUUUUGGUCCCAGAGAGGCAGCCUGGGCAGUCUGUUUACAGCUGGCAAACAGACUGGCAAGUUGUGGGGCUGGGUCAGAAAGUGUCUGGACUUGUAAUUGGGUGCCCUGCUGUCCACAGGUGGACUCUGGGGAAGCCAGGCCCCUGGAUCCCAAGUCCUUUGUGUCCGGAGCCUUUCCUGGCCUGUGCCUGGAGGGUAGCACAUCUUUCCAGACUCCCAGGGCUUUGCAGCCUGCAGAUGCCACCUGUCCCUGAGAGAAGUUAGCGUCCCUGGCCCUGGCCGGUGGUCUCUCAUCCUUGUGUGCUGCUCCGCUAAGAGAUGUCCAAGGCGGAGCCGGGGCAAGAUCCUUCCAGACUCAUCUGUCAGAGCCCCAAGCCCUUUAGACCCAGAGCCCAAGGACCAUGCCUUUGGGACAUUAGGACUGCAGCCUUUGCUUCUGUGUAUUUUGGAGUUUCGGUGACUUUUGUCACCUGGACACACUCAUUUGUUAGCCAUAGUGGGUUCCCUUGGUCAGCAACAGUGCAUGUACCUCUGGAUGUCAUCUGAGGUGAGACCACCGAGGCCUUUUCUCUCUGUGUACAGAGGGGAGUUAGGAGUUGCUGGAUUGGAUGCAUUAUGAGGACUGGGGACAGGGUAGAGGGACAUCCAGGGAUCAGGGCAUGAGUGGGGGCAACACCCCGGCCUCUGCCCUGGCAUGGUCUCCGCAUGGGCUGAGGUGUAGCUGAUUGGCUGCCACAUUUCGGCCAUGCUGGCUGGCGUGCCCAUGUUGCAGAUAUUUUCCCGAGUUCCCCAGAAUGGAUGGUAUUGAAUCUCAGCCACAUGCAACACUGUGUCCAGCAUUCUUUGCAAUAAAUACUUUUUAAAAAAUAA